AUGUUGUGUUACAACCCAUCUUGUGAGUCCCUCCGGUGACGCCGCCCGCAGGACGAGGCGCCGCCCUUCCAACGGCACAGACUCGCCUCUUCCCCGCUCCGCACUUGCAGCUGAGUCCCCUCAACCACCGACGGUCCACUUUCAUCCCCAGUUUCCAGGAUGAGAAGAAACAAAACGAGAAACAUCAUUGUGGGAGCAGCUCUUGGUCUGUUGAUCCUCCAUCUCUAUAAAUUCUCCAGCGAUGAUAAAAUUGCUCACCUCAAUGUGAAGGAGAUACGCAACCAAGUACGGCAGCUCACCAAAGAAAGCUCUUCGGUGUACUCGUGGCCGAACUGUCAGCAGAACAACACCGCGGCCAAUAUUACAGGUUUCGGGAGUCUUCCCCAAAACAUCCAAGAUUUUCUUUAUUUUCAGCACUGUAAGCAUUUCCCCAUGCUGCUGGACCUUCCAGGGAAAUGUGGAGGAGCCAAUAGAUCCGAGGAAGUCUUUCUGCUGUUGGUUGUUAAAAGUUCCCCGACAAACUACGACCGCAGGGAGGUGCUCCGGAAAACCUGGGCCGAGGAGAGGCUGUCAAACGGCGUCUGGAUUCGAAGGGUUUUCAUCUCCGGAACAACAGGAGCCGGCUUUGAGAAGGAAAGACUCAACAGACUGCUCCAGGUGGAGCAGCAGGAGUACGGCGACAUCCUCCAGUGGGACUUCAGCGACACAUUUUACAACCUCACCUUGAAGCAGAUGCUCUUCCUGGAAUGGAUGGAGAGAAACUGUCCAAACGCUCGCUUCCUGUUUAACGGCGACGACGACGUCUUUGCGCACACUGACAACAUGGUGGUGUUUCUCCAAAGCCUCAGCGACAACAACGGGAGCCGCCAUCUUUUUACAGGUCAUCUGAUCCAAAACGUGGGACCCAUCCGAUCAGUGAACAGCAAGUAUUACAUUCCCGAGCAGGUGCACAAGUCGGAGUCGUACCCACCUUACUGCGGCGGGGGAGGCUUCCUUCUGUCAGGCCACACCGCCAAAGUAAUACACCACAUGUCCAAAUCCAUACCCUUCCUGCCCAUCGACGACGUCUACAUGGGGAUGUGUUUGGCCAAAGCGGGACUCCGGCCCGUCUCCCACAUUGGUGUGAGAACGGCGGGUCUGCGCAUACCCUCUGACAAAUCCGAUCCAUACAAUCCUUGUUUUUAUAAAGAGAUUCUGCUGGUCCACAGAUUCCUUCCAGCUCAGAUCUAUCUGAUGUGGAACAGGAUAAAGGAUUUAAACAUGCCCUGUGGCCUCACUUAGACUGUGCAAACCAGCACCGAUACGUCUCAGGGUCAUGACAUAAGCUACAUCGAAGAUAAAAGAUUUGUGUUGGAAACAGGAAGUGCAUUUUUUGCGGAGCGUAAAGACAUUUUAAAAAUAUCUGCUUUACCACAGAAAUGUUUGCAUAAGCAGACAAAGAACACUAUUAUAUCUACUGAAGUGAGACCUCUUGUUUCAAAUUAAUAAUAAAGAGAAUGUUCGUCACCAGCUACAAAUCAGCAAUAAGCACAGUAAGCCUUAUAGCCUUUUUCUUGGUUGCUGAAACUUGGUCUUAAGUGUUUUACUGUGCAGGUACUAAACAGGUUUGUUAAAUCAUGUAUAAGGGUGAUAAAGUGACAAGAGCACGCAACGCUUAAAAAAGAUCCAGUGUGUUUGCUGCCUUUUUUGUGCCUAUUUAAUGCACAGUUGUGAACGGGAGAAUGCAAAUGAGCACAUUUUAAAAGCGUUUAUUGGAGUUGAGGAGUAAAUACAUGUGCUUAUUUUCUAUUUGGGGAUGCAAUUUAGCCUGGGACUUUUUGGAGCAGCUUUGUCUAACUUUAAAUAAUUUUACAGCUCAAGUCCCAAUUUUCCACGAUGACCCCAAAAAUGCAAUAAUCAACUGAUUUCAUGUUACUGACCAGUGAACUCGCGGCAGAACAGCCUUAACUGGUUAAUGUGUAAAGCAGUGCAGACCCUCUUUUGUGGACUGUUAUCAUUUGUCCUCACAGCUCUUUUAAUGUUGGAUUUGACACUAUUGUUGUCGGAGGAACAAUUUUAAGCAGUUUCUGUGAUAUAUUUAUGAUUGUUCUGAAACAAUCUGACUUAUUGUAAAGUAAUUUAUUCUCAGCAUACACUGCUAACUCCCUACAUCAAUCUUUGUUUUUGGCAAAGUUGCAUUUUCAUCAAAAUGUUCAGUUGCUAAUAAAACUGAGAUGUGUCAUUUAAAAAUUCAACAUAUUUUAUUUUUCCAUUCUUGAUCAUCUUUUUUUUUUUUUUCCAUCACCUUUUUUGAAAACGUUUGUAUCAAACGAAAGUUUGUAUUCAAAUUGGUGUUUGAAAA